GAACGUUUCUUGGGUCAUUUUAAGGGUGCAACAUGUUCAUCCAGACUGACAUAAAGAGGAUGUUGAUCUGAGAUGGCAGAGAGCAGGCAGAGAUGAGCUACACACACACACACACACACACACACACACACACACAGUGGCAUUCUGAUUCCACUGGCUGCAGCAGAGAAUGAGAGAGCGAGUGAACCUGGGAGGGGCCGUCUGAUGAAGAGAGGGGAGGGUGAGAGAAAGAGAAACAGCAGUGCACUAACGGAGAGAGCGAGGGAGGGGUGCAUGAAGAGCACAGAGCGUGAGAGAGUGAUCCAGCAGAGGCGUGCCACAGCACGGAGGACAGAGGGACUCCAGACUGGAUGGGCCCAGCGGUGCCUUGAUGGAGCAUGGGUCAGGUUUUAGGGUUCUCCCACUGCAAGGAAUUUGGAACAGUGAGCUCAACACCUGACUCCACGCCUCCCUGCUCAGACGGUGGAAAUGAGGAGUCCGACUUCCCAGAACUGCAGACAGCCAGGGAAUGGUCUGACGACGAUGAAGGGCUGGAGGAUGAUGACGCAUGUCUCAGCAGCUCUUCCGUGUGGGGCACACCGCGUCAGAACUCCUUUGAGCUCACCUUCUCCUACAUUGCCUUCUCCGAGAGCGACAGCUCAUCGCGGAGAGACUCGGGGCGCCGCAGGACCAGCGUGAGGGGCAGCCGUGGUUCACUGCUCCGCACGGACACUCUGGAGACCCAGGGACCUCCGGACUCCCCUGCUUUGGAGUGGGACCCUCAUGCCUUCUUGACUGUAGAAGGGGAGGGAGACCCGGAGGAGGAGAGCCUGCAGUGGACUCUAGAGCCACAGACUCACAGGGUGGAGGAGUUUCAGGAUAAAGAUACAAGGACAUGGGAAGCAAUGGAGGAGAUCUCAGGCAUCCAAACACACAACUUAACAUGCAGUCAUCAAGAUGAGCAAAUAACAGUACCACAGCUUCAUGGAUCAGACCCUUCUGUUGCCACGGAAACCACCUCCACCCUGCAGAUGGAGGAGCCGUCACACACAACGCCUCCUGCCAUUGGACGAAACACUCAGGAAGAACAGCUCUGUAAGCAGUGCUACUCCACUCUCAACUCAACAGAGGGGCCAACGGUUUGCAUCCAGAUAGCAGUGAUGGACCUGAUCUACUGGAAGGAUAUGGAGCGGACGGGGAUGGUGCUCACAGGGCUGGUGGUGGGGCUGCUGUCCCUGUUCCAGCUGAGCAUCAUCUCCGUGGUGUCCACGCUCUCCCUGGCCAUCAUGUGCUUCACCAUCUCAGUCAGAAUCUACUACAAACUGCUGCAUGUGCUCCAGCUGGGAGAUGGAGUUCACCCUUUCCAGUCAUAUCUAGAGCUGGACAUCAGUUUAAGUGGGGAAGAGGCUCAGCACUACAUGCAGAAGGCCAUUGUGUUGUCCAGUUCGGCCGUAGACACACUGAGGAACCUCAUCUUUGUGGGCAACCUGUUCAACUCUCUCAAGUUCUUGUUGCUGAUGUAUCUGGUCACGUUCCUGGGAAACCUCUGCAAUGGCCUCACAUUGCUCAUCAUCGGUGUGAUUGCUGUCUUCUCUGUCCCUCUGUUUUACACAAGGCACCAGGACAAAGUGGACAGCUGCUUUACAGCAGUGCAAGCCCACAUUGACAACAUAAAGGACUUCCUUCUUCGCCUGACCCAGGGUGGCGGACCACCCCCGGACCCCACUCCCGAUGGAGCUAAACCCAAAGCCCAUUGAGACGCCUCACAGAGGAGGAGGAGCUACACGCUGUCACUCAAAAUUGUCUUAAUUAGCAGUUUGUGCUCAGAGUCCCGCCUCUGUAGCAGUGGGGGAGGGGCUAAUGACACACGGCCGUAUAUAGGAUGAGAUACGGAUUUAAGGGAGGACCAUGCAAAGAACAAUCUUGGGUGAAAAUCAAAGGCUUUGGAAUUCUGUGAAGUUAGAGACACGUUUUCAUUUCCACAUUUCAGUAUCAGUAUGAGUGUAUGAAUGAAACACAGACCACUAGGAUACUUGAAGCACCUGUACAAUAACAGCCCCUUGAGAGUUAUCUGAUAAACCUGGAUGACUUCAGUGAAGUAAAAGCAGUGAGGGCUUUCUGAAUCCAGACUGACUGCAGUUCGCCUGCCAGAAAUAGAAUGCAGGACCAGUUUCCAAAUGGUGUUUUACUUAUGACAGUCUCCAAAUAUCUCAUUGUUUUGGUGUGUGUGUGUGUGUGCGUGGGCAGCUUAAGCCUGUUAAAAUACCUAAGAGCUAUUAAAACCACAAUGUUAUUUUCUUUUCCAA